CCCUCCAUAUCAUGUGAUUCAGGUGUUCCAAUCCCCUCCAUAUCAUGUGAUUCAGGUGUUCCAAUCCCCUCCAUAUCAUGUGAUUCAGGUGUUCCAAUCCCCUCCAUAUCAUAUGAUUCAGGUGUUCCAAUCUCCUCCAUAUCAUGUGAUUCAGGUGUUCCAAUCCCCUCCAUAUCAUGUGAUUCAGGUGUUCCAAUCCCCUCCAUAUCAUGUGAUUCAGGUGUUCCAAUCUCCUCCAUAUCAUGUGAUUCAGGUGUUCCAAUCCCCUCCAUAUCAUGUGAUUCAGGUGUUCCAAUCGCCUCCAUAUCAUGUGAUUCAGGUGUUCCAAUCCCCUCCAUAUCAUGUGAUUCAGGUGUUCCAAUCCCCUCCCAAUCAUUUGAUGCAGGUGUUCUAAUCCCCUCCCAAUCAUGUGAUUCAGGUGUUCCAAUCCCCUCCAUAUCAUGUGAUUCAGGUGUUCCAAUCCCCUCCCAAUCAUGUGAUUCAGGUGUUCCAAUCCCCUCCUAAUCAUGUGAUUCAGGUGUUCCAAUCCCCUCCAUAUCAU